UGCCGCAGGGAGAUCGUCCUUCUCUGUCGUUGUAUGAUGGCAGCAGGCUCCAUGGACGACGAGCAGGUCGAGGUCGAGGAGUGUGGCAAUCGCAUUCUUCUGUGGGCUGUUGGCAUUCGGAGGCGCCAUGACAUGAACCGAAGUUUAGUCGGCAUGGCGUCGAGCAGUUUGGUGGAAUUUGGGCGGAAGGUUCUGGCGGCAGAUGGCGUGAAGAUGAGGAUGGUGGGAUGGGUCGAGACGACGAGAGAUUGUGGAAUAGGGAGGCGAUGGGGUUUCUUUAGGUGAGACGAGGAAGAGGAGGAGGAGGGCGGCAAGCGAGAGGAGGCGCAGGAGGACGAGGACGAGGACGAGAGAGUGAUCGAGUGCCGUCGGUCGGAGGGAGCGAGGAGAGCCUGGAGCGGCGGGGUAUGGAUAUAAGACAGGUCGCCCUGGGUGCGGCUUUCGGCGCUGCGGUGGCCGUGAAUGCUGCACUACAGUCGCUCCAAGAUGCCGGCAGUUUCCUCAUUCACAGUCCAAGUCCUGGUUCCAGAAGUCGGCCCGUGGACCUUCUGGACGCCACCACUCGCGAUGCACGCAAGCGCCCUCUGAGUUUUGUUGACGAUGUGGAGGAAGACGAGGACGAUUUUGACGACUUCAAGGACGACGACGAAGAUGAAGCCGCAUUUAGCACCUUGGAUGACGAUGAGCUCGGAAUCUUAUCUCCGAUAGCGAACCAUCGACAUCGCUCAAAGUGUGAAGGUGUUCAGUUCCUGAAGACCAGAGAUGAACAGAACACAAGCGGAGAGGAUGCUGACUUGCAGCUGGAGCCAUCGACUGCACCGGGAACUUGUGCGAAAAGGAGGAAGAUUGAAGCACCCACGGUGUUUAUGCCAAAUUCGACUCCGUUGGGCCAAACAGAAGAGGCCAUGUCCUUGAUGCUGCAACACACCACCAACACUGUGCUGAUCACACUGGCCGAUGCGAAGGGGAGGAGAGAACGGAUGAUGAACGAGAUGAAAAGCGUUCACCUUCCCGAGAGGGAGAGCUCUUUGAAGCUUGUCAACAGUUUCAUCGAUGCACUCAUCAACGUCAGCGACAGUUUGAAAAUUGUACAAUCUGCUCUCUUCGUCAGGAAGGAUGGACCGCCUUGACUGAGGAUCACCUUGACUGACUGUGAAAUUUAGUGCUUCUUAUAAAAUUUAAACUGCAACAUGCCCUCGAUUGACAGGAAGCAUAUUGAUCCGCAAGAAUGACAGAAACCUGUAUGGGAUAAAACCUUAGAUCAGGUGUCAGACACCUGACAUAUGUAGGGGGCUUGUCCAGACGAACGUGAGAUUAUGUUCAUCGAGCAAUCUUUGCUCCCCGGCAGACCCUCAAGGAAUUAAGCUGUCACCUCCAGGGUCGAAUGCGCUGCUACUUUCUGAGUGGGGAAGGAUUGUCCUCCUGGUGUAACAAGUGUUUAUCUACGCCAAGUGCUUGUCGGCGAAAAUGUAUAAAAGAGAUCCAAGCAGUCGACGUGUCGCAAAAUUUU